CCCACAUCAACACUCACUCACACGAUCACCUUCCACCCGCCGUCCUCGACACUCCCCACGCUCCCAUGCGCCCAUAAACAUACCGGUUUUUUCUUCACGCCGCGUCUGUCUCUGCUCAAGAGACUCCCGACGGCCGUCGCCUGAGACGCGCCGCCGCCGCCGCCAGCCCCUCCGUCUGCUUCUCCCCGAGUUGCGUCGCUCCGCCUUUCAUGCGCUCGACUGAUCCGCUUCGCUUCCUCUUCUCGCGUCCCUCCAAGCCCGGAUAGCACCCCUCGUGCCACCCCAGCCAGCCAGCCAGUCCAGCCUUUUCGCCGCCUCUCCGCUGCUCAGCUUCGGCCCUCGCAGCAGACGCUUCCUCUGCCCCCCUCGAUCCGGUACUUGUCCCCCGGGUAUCGGACCGCCCUCCAAUCGACCAACAUUCUGUCGCAGAAGCUGUUCCUCCACUCCCUCCGCUUCCGACCCCCUUAACGUCCACCUCUGUGACGUUAGCCUCCUCCCACACGGCUCAUUGCUGCUGGCUUCCGCCAGCGUCUUUGGUUCCAACCCUUCCUGUGGGCCUACUCUCUCAAACAGACACCGCAAGGUCUGUUUGAGUGGCAGCUAGUGCUCCGCGGACUCUGCCGGCCGGGCAAAGAACACAACCACCGUCAACACCUUUCCUGAGCCUUUUCGUCCCUGUUCACGCCUGGCGCCCGCCUCCGGAAGCAGCAUGGUCAACCUCUCGGUCCCCAACAACUACACUUUUUCUCCCAGCGAGGGGACCCCGCACCUGACUAUCAAUCAUGAUGUCGCGGCAGACCUCGACUCGAGCGGCGCCUUUGAGGGGCCCGAGAAGCUCCUCGAGGUCUGGUUCGCCCCCAGCGCCGCGACGCUGCCCAGCGGCGUCCGUGCCAACGGCCUGAAGAGCGUCUCCAAGGACACCUGGGUCGGCAUGCUCGACAUGGUCAACUGCAAGAUCCUCUCGGUCCUCGAGUCCGAGGCCGUCGACGCCUACCUGCUGUCCGAGUCGAGCAUGUUCGUCUUCCCCCACAAGCUCAUCCUCAAGACAUGCGGCACCACGACGCUGCUUCUGGGCCUCCAGCGCCUGCUCCACAUCGCUGCCGCCGACGCGGGCUUCCCCUUCCACAAGGCCGCCUCGGUCGGCGACAUCCGCGCCGCCGCCGUCCCGUACCGAGUCUUCUACAGCCGCAAGAACUUUCUGUUCCCCAACGAGCAGCGCGGCCCACACCGCAGCUGGAAGCAGGAGGUCAAGUACCUCGACGACUCGCUCGAGGGCGGCGGCAGCGCCUACAUGGUGGGCAAGAUGAACGGUGACCACUGGUACCUGUACAUCACGUCGCCCAGGCAGACGCUCACGCCGCCCCUGACGCCCGAGUCGGAGGCACACGGCCAGCCGACGCCCGAGUACUCGGUCGCGUCCACGGGUGCCAACACGCCCGGCGCCAACCACAACGACGAGACGCUUGAGAUCCUCAUGACGGACCUUGACCCCGAGAAUGCCAAGCAGUUCUUCUUGUCCGACGCGAGUGCGGUCGCGACCGACAAGAUGGCUGCGCAGGCCCGGGAGGCUCGCCAGGCGGCCGUCGACAGCCUGGGCGACCUGUCCACCCCGCCCGACGAGGUGGACGUGUUCGAGAACUGCGGUGACUCGGACCUGGACGAGGCCAAGGCCAAGCUCACCAGCGCGACCCAGGAGCUCACCGCCGAGGAGCUCACCACCGAGGGUCACGCCCUGGGCACCGUCGUCUCCGACAAUUGCGGACUGUCCCAGGUCUACCCGACAUCGGUAUACCCAGAUGCCCGCGUCGACGCCUACCUGUUCAGCCCCUGCGGCUUCUCCGCCAACGGCGUCAUCCCGGCGCCGGCGUCGGCCGAGGCGGACCCGCACAACUCGACGCACUACUUCACGGUGCACGUCACGCCCGAGCCCGGCUUCUCGUACGCCUCGUUUGAGACCAACGUGCCCAGCGGGCAGAACGGGCGCACCACGGCCGAAAUCAUUGAGCACGUGGUCAGCAUCUUCCGCCCCGGCCGCUUCAGCGUCACCCUCUUCGAGGCCAAGGGCCGCGGCGCCAACCCCUACGGCAUGGGCGACGGCACGCUCAAGAACCUGGCCAUGCAGCGACUCGUCGACCCGGUGCGUGGGUACCGCCGCGUCGACCGCAUCGUACACGACUUUGAGGACUACGAUCUCGUAUUCCGAUUCUACGAGCGCGACGACUGGCUGGGCGACAAGUCCGCGCGCGUCGGCGAGGUCAACAUGUGAUGUGAUGUGAUUGGACCCUGGGUGUUGUGUUGACGGCGGUCUCUGUGCCAGUUGCUCCUGAUUGUGCCUUUGCGGUUUCUAUACUUUGACUCGGGCUGGCCGAAUCACUCGGUCAUGACGCGCCUGCUGAUGCGUGCGUUUUCUUGUUUUUCUUUGGUGGGCCAAAUCCCUAUCAAAUUGAUCCGGUCUGGCCGCGAAUCCGUUUCUGUCUUUGAAUAACCCAGUGUUUUCUUUGGUGCUCCUAGCUGCGAUUGAAUACAAACAGUACUUGCCAACUCCCAAG